AUGUCCACCCAACUUCCACCCUCCGGCCAAUCGGCCUCAGGCCGCCAGUACGACCAAUCCUUCACUCCCCACGUAAUCGACACCUGCGGCCCCAACACCUCCCCCCGAAUGAGGCAGGUCUUCGGCUCCCUCGUCCGCCACAUCCACGACUUUGCCCGCGAAGUAGACCUCACGCCCGAAGAAUGGCUGGCAGGCGUCAAGUUCCUCAACGAGACCGGCAAGCUCUGGGCGGAAUCCGACGGAAAGAGGAAUGAGAUGCAUAGAUUAUCGGACAUCAUUGGCUUGGAGAGUCUGGUGACGGAGAUUGCGAAUUUCGUCCAGGUGGACCAGCCGAACUAUGUUCCUACGAGUGCUGCUAUCCUCGGGCCGUUCUGGUAAGAGAGAAAGGAACCACACAGACCCAAGAGUUGAAAAGGAAACCCCCGUUCUGACAGAGAAUAUCUCUAGGUCGCCCAACGCCCCCUGGCGCAACCUGGGCGAAUCCAUCAUCCAAGACCCCCACGAGGGAACCGUAACCUACAUGCACGGCAUCAUCCGCGACCUGCAGACCAGAAACCCCAUCCCCAACGUCACAUUCGACAUCUGGCAAGCUUCCUCCAACGGGAAAUACGAUUUCCAAGACCCCGCGAACCAGUCCGACAACAACCUCCGCGGGAAAUUCAAGACGGACAAGAAUGGCGAAUACCGUCUCUACUGCCUGCGUCCCACGGCCUACUCCCUCCCCCAGGAUGGCCCGAGUUGGCAAUUGCUGCAGAGCAUCGACCGCCAUCCCAUGCGGCCGGCGCAUAUUCAUCUGAUGGUGACGCACGAGUCGUAUAAGCCCUGUAUCACGCAGAUCUGUAAGUCUCGCUGUCCCUCCUCCUCCUCCCCCUUCUUCUCCUCUUCCAUGCUGACUUGGGGAUUCCCCACAGACCCCAAAGACGACCCCUGGCUCGAGACGGACACCGUCUUCGCCGUGAAAGACGACCUGGUCGUCGAUUUCAAGCCCCUCGAAUCCCUCCCCUCGAGCAUGAAAGAGCACGCCGGUCCCGGAGGCAAGGCCGUGCGGGAGUUGGAAUUGGAUAUCGUUCUUGCGCCCCUGGGCGCGCCCAAUAGCAAUGCGAAGCCUGUGUUGUAA